AUGUUUUUUAUCUAUCUAUUGCUCGCUCUUCUAAUUUCGUAUUUUGUUUGGGAUAGGUACAUCAGAAUAAUUUUAAGGAUAAAAUACUAUGAGAAAUAAGGAGUAAAGUUCCAUGAAUUUGUACCGUUCUUUGGAAGUUACCCAGGCAUCAUGAAAUUUAUCAAGGAAAAGGAUCCCAAAAGAUUCCCUACGAUAGACUAUCUUAAGCAUUGUUUUGGCCUUCCUCUGCCAUUAUAUACAGGCUUUAUUAGCACAAGAGUACUUUAUCUUUAUAUAAACAGUCAUGAACCCCUCUAAGAAUUAUUCGUGACAAAAAAUAAAUAUUUUGACAAGCAUCCUUCCACUUCUACAUUUUUGAAAAAGACUGUGGGAGACAGUACUUUAUUCAUGAAAUCAAACGAACUUUGGGCUAAGAAGAGAAGAUCUCUCUCUGCUUCACUUUACAAAUAAAAGUUGGUUCAAAUGGUUGAAACAAUGAAGCAGAUUGGACUAGAAACUAUUGAAGAAUGGGGUAAAAGAGGCGAAAUUGACAUUGUUACAGAAACUGCUAACUUAAUGAUGAAAAAUACCCUUGCCUGUGUAUUUGGUAGAUAAAAUGAAAACCCUAUAAUAAAAUACAAAGAAAAUGGCUAAAUCAGAGACAUAAGAUUAGGAGAAAGUAUUCAACAAAAUUUAAGUAAUGCAUCACUUAGAGAGUUCUAACUUCAUCUUAUGAUCUUUCCUGAACUCCUACCCAUUUACAUAACUAAGCAUGAUAAAGAGCUAGAAUUCAAUUUAAACCAAGUCAUCGAUUACAUCAAGAAUCUGAUCAGAGAUAAAAAGGAAAAGUUUGCUUAGACUGGCUAGUACGAGGGUGAAGACUUGCUGACGAUUAUGCUUCAAGAUGAGUUGUUUAAAUAGGACGACAGAAUGAUAAUAGAUGAGUGCUUGACCUUUUUUAAUGCAGGUGCUUAAACUACUGCUGUGACUCUUGCUAAUUUUCUGAGUUACAUAGCUUAAAACUCAGAUCAGGAGUAAAAAAUGAGAAAUGAGCUAUAGAGUCAUCUCAAGAACUUUGGAGGUGACUCUAAAGCUCUCUCUACAGAGAUUAAUAUGGAAAAAGUAGAUGAUCUAUUAUACUUGAAGUAUUGCUUCUAUGAGUCGAUGAGAAUUGAACCCCCAGUUGUAAUAUCCUCAAGUUGCUAGGUAAAUAAGGAUCUAAAUAUUUAAGGUGUAACUAUCAAGAAGGAUGAAGCGUUAAUUAUCAACAUUUAUCAGAUUCAUCACAAUCAAGAUCAAUGGAUUGAAGAUGAAAAGUAUAUCCCAGAAAGAUUCGACCCUGCCUCAAAAUAUUAUCUUACCCCUGCUGGGACUCCCAGGAAUCCACUAUCAUUUAUACCAUUUAUUGGAGGUAAAAGAAUAUGCUUAGGCAAAACUUUUUCAGAAUAUACUUUCAAGAUAAUCGUGCCUUUGCUCCUGAGCAAGCAUAAAUUUAGAUUAGUCAAUCAAGAUCAUAUAACUAAUAAACCCUAAUACGAUGCUAUUAUGUUUAAAAAACCAGUAAUUCCUAUGAGAUUAGAAAAAAUUUGA